CUGCGCCGGCGUGACGUCACGCAGUGACAACCUGAUCUCCGAGUGUUGUCAAGAUUCGCCGUGUAUAUAGAAUUUGAUUAUACGCGUCAGCGAGUUAUCGUAUAAUCCUUUCUCCCCCUUCGAGUGUAUCGUGUGUCUGACAUUGAAAAAUAUAUCGCGAUAAGUGCCGCCGUGCAUUCACCAAUGUUGCAAUGAUGCAGAAGCGCGUCAUGUAUGGCGACGCGCGGAAACUGUGCGAGAGACAAACGCAAUUGGACCCGUACGGGCCCUGCCUCGCGUCAGACUAACGAUCAAUGGCUUUAUUCGAGAAGAGAUACACGAAUAAAGUGUUGUUAGAUGAUACGGAGCAGUUGACCAGUGUCAUCGAAAAUGCAAGGACCAUCGACGGGCAUACGCCAUAUUUAUUACUUACUUGUUGAGAUAUAUACUGAAAACUCUGGUAUAUAUAUGUAUAUUCAGGAAUACGUAAUCAAAACACAGAGAGGUCCGCUACCUGAAAGAUCUUGGAGAGUGAGCAGACGUUACAAUGACUUUGUACAGCUCAAUGCGACUUUAUCCAUAUCUGGCUUUGAUCUGCCACUACCACCAAAAAGAAUUAUUGGUAAUAUGGAGCCAGACUUUAUAGCUCAGAGACAAAUAGCACUGCAGAAUUAUCUAAACAUAGUACUAAUGAAUCCUAUACUGGCAUCUUCACUUCCCAUGAAAAAGUUUUUAGACCCUGAGAAUUAUACAGCACCAUUACAUGAGAUCGCGCUACAGCAAGUGUCAUUAGCAUUAAGGAGUGACGCCAAUUUCGAAGUAUGCAAACCCAUCCCUGAUAUGGGUUGGCGAUUGAGAAAACAUUAUUAUACAGUGAAAAAUCGUCAGAAUCCAAAACAAGAACUCUUAUUAGCUUGGGUCGAGUUUGGCCCUGACAAACAUUUGCAAGAUAAAGAUAUACAAGGAGUUUUCAAGACUCUAGGCUCUCUACGGCACAUUUACAUCGAACCAAUAGUACAUCAGCAUGUUACAGACAACGGGGCACUAAUGAUAAGAAAUUUCUAUCCAAUGGGCACAUUACGUGAUGUUCUGUGUAUCACUAAGCCUAAGCAGCCAUUUAUAAAGAAGUAUGGAAACCCAAAACAAAUAAAAUCAUUGACAACUCAAGAAGUCGCGAUGUAUGGUUAUCAGAUAUUGGAAGCCCUAGGAUAUCUUCAUGAGAAAGGAUUACCUUAUGGACAUUUACAUACCGGCAAUGUCCUUUUAACCCCGAGAUGCGCUAAAUUAUUAGAUAUAGAAAAUGGUCUUUUAGGGUUACCAGCAUUUUACCGGCCUUAUGUAGUGCAAAGGCGUAAAUUACAUGCCACGGCUCAAGUUGAUGUAUACUCAUUUGGACAUGUUUUGUAUGAAAUGGCAUUUGGGCGACCACUUUUGGAAGCAACAUGUUCUGAACUACCACAUUGUGAAGCAAACUUGAAAAAUUUGCUGGAGGUUAUAUUAUCGCCGGAAGCUUUAAAACAAGAUUUGCCGACAGUGUCUCGAUUGUUGGAACAUCCAUUUUUCGAAUCGGCAAGACGCGCCGCGUUGGCCCUUGGAACUGUAGAGAAGCCAUAUUUCAAAUUGAGUAACCAUUUGAAGGAAGCUUUGCAAGAAGCUGUAAAUAAAGCUGAACAACGAUUGCGCGAUGAACAGAAAGUCGUCCGGCACCAGAAAAGACUUGUCAAAGUUCAAGAAAUGAUGAGUUCUGAAGAAGAGAUGAAAAAACGAAAGCAUAAAUUGAAGAAAGAACAGAAAUUGGCGCAGGAACAACGCUCUGCAUCGCAACUGGGUACAAAUGGGACAAAGCAAAUAAAUGGUAAGAGUCCAGAACGCUCAGACAGUCCGACAAGUACAUCCACGGCUACCAGCGUUGGAACGUUGACUCCUCCAUCGCUUCGUUCUGUAGAUAUUCCACAAGGGGAUGCAGUUCCUGGCAAAAGCGUUCCGCCACCACCUUCGUUGCCGCCGCCGUCUGAAGCGUCUAGCGGUGUAUCAAAUAGUGUACCAAAAUCGUCAAACAACCGUGCUGCUUUACUUGGUAGUAUUUGCAAUUUCGAUAAGAAUAGGCUGCGAAGAAUCGCAAAUGGUCAUCGUUAGAUAAAUAGACGGAAGGUAAAUAGAUUAUAGGAUUAGAUAGACAAAGAGAGAAAAGCCACAGCAGAUUUAUUUCAAAUCUAGUGUGACUGCCAUGUAAUGUUGGACAAAGAACUUUAAUUGUGCUUGAUUAGAACAGACGAUGUACCUGUAGAUUAUUAUGUUGAAUUCAAAGAUUGUCUGGACGAUAUAGCUGUGUCAUGCUCCUCGUGACUACUAAUAAAAUUGGAAAUUGUUUCAUUUCGAUCGCGAUACUUGCAUUUUAUAAAUUUUUGAAUUUUGAUCUUAUUUUAGUGAUGUGCUCUUGCUACAUAACAAGAUUCUAGCUUAAAGCAGUUAUAUUAAAAGUACAAUAUGUAUUAAAUUUAUGAUAUAUAAUCGAUAUUAGUCCCGUUUGGCCUACUCUAUGUUUUUAUAAGAUCUAAUGCAACGCUUGCUUCGUCUAUAGACUUGCCGUCCAAGAACGAGCCUAAACAUAUACAGAACAAUUAAUCAAAAUAACGAAUGCUUCGAAAAAUUGCCAUCUUUACAAAUCUUAUAUCGUAUUCUUCCCAAAUAUGUAUACAUUAAAAGCUAUUUAAGCUUGUUAGAAAUAUUAAUAGAAUAUAAUAACAGGUGCAUAUAAUUAUAUAUUAUCUAGUUAGCACAGAAUAUAUAGUAAUUAUGCUGGGAGCAAUUUAAAACAUUUUAAAAAUUAUUUUGAUUGAUAAUGUUAUCGGGUUGCACUUGAAUCAAGAAUAUGGCCACAUGAGAGAUUACAUUUUCUAUAUAGUCCAACAUAUCUCACUCUCUCUCUCCCCCCCUCCCCCCAUUUAUAUAUCAAUUAAUAAUACCAUAGAACUUUGUAAUAGAUCUUAUUUAUCAUUAUGGGCCAAGUUUCGCGAUCGAUUUAUGUUUUGUUAUUACUCAUAAUUCGUCUUUUUCUUUUUGGAAUGUAUAUAUCAAAUUUGUUUGAAUACAAACAAAAAAAGGCAGUGAUACAAUGGGGUGAUAGUACGUACAUAUAUUAAGUAAAUUUUCUCUGGUUAUACUCAUCUACUGUUUUAACUAUUCAAAGAGAGUUUAUAAUAUAUAUAGAUAUAAUAUAAAUACAUAUAUACACAUACUUCUCGUUUGUGUUUGCACGGUAAAAUGCGAGGAUCAUACGCCGCUUUUGUAUCGCUCGUGAAGCUGGAACGUCUAGUUUUACGAAUUAAAAACGUGCCAAGGGAUAUAUGAUCUUCGUAUUGAUGAAUAAUGCGAUAUCAACAGUAGAUCAUAGAAUGUAAUCUAUUUCUGUAUGUUGCGAACAAGUAUGUGUCUCAUAUAAAUCCAUUUGUCUGGAUAUAACAAAAAAUUGUAAUAUAUAUAUAACCAUAUCUUUUAAUACACUUAUCACUGUUUUAGAUGUAUAUGACAAUUGUGUAAUUAUGAUUCAUCAAAUAUGAUCUCUGGUACAGAUGAUUAUAAUAACAAGAACAUAUAAUGGAAUAUUUAUUGCUCUUCAAGAUAUAUUAUAUCUGCUUCCGAAAGGUUGCUUAUAUACUCAAGAGUAUAAAAGGAUAAAUUCUUUUAUAAUUCUACAAAAUUUUAUAUUCAACAAAAUAUUUAUUACACAAGACAUUGUGACAUUACCAAAGUCUGUUAUCUCUGUCUGUCAUUUGAUUGUAUAUUCUUUCAAAAACAGAUAUUAAGACGAUGGACAAUAGACAAAAAAGAAAGAACAUUCUUUUAUGAUAAUAAAUUUCGUUUAUGCAUAUAUAGAACUAAACAAAUCUACAAAACUAAUGAAUAACGAAAGCUCUUUAAGAGUUCCUUAUAAAAGGCAUGACUUUUAAGCGUUACUUUAGACUCCUCUUUACAGAAUUAUCAUAUGCCUUACACGUUUGUAAACAGUAAUGUACAUAGCAUACAGAAAAAUUGUAGAAACCUAUAUAGAAACCUUACGUAUCCUAGGGAAGGGAACAAAGUUUUAAGUUUAUUAAAAUAAAAGAAAUGUCGAGUCAAAUAAUAAAACAAUCAAGACAAUUUUAUUUCAGACGAAAGAGCGGGUAUUUUAAUACUUGGUAAUAUAUAUAUAUUCAACAAUACAUAUAUAUAUAUAUAUAUAUAAAUUUAUCAUGUUUAAAUAAUCUCAAAAUUUUGAUAGCAGUCCGUGUGUAUAGUAUAAAAGUAUGUGUAUUCUACAUUGUGUAUAUAUAUACACACACACGGGAACGUAUAUAGAUAUGCGAUUGUCAUGAUAACAGAGCUGUUGUAACGACUUAAAUAUAUCACAAUAAAUAUCCAAAAAAAGAAAAAAAAA